GCGACCGACUCGCUUUCUCGACGACGUGCAAAGUACGCGUGUGUGUGCCCUCUGUCUCGUGAUUCCAAAGACCAGUGUGCUCUUGUCAUGAUCACACGUUCUAUGCCAGUCGUGCCACGCAGCCAACUCCCAAGAAUGCGGUGGGCGGUGUCCCUUGGAUCAAGAGCCAUUCGAGGAAGCGGAAUAUGUCAGCUACGAUUUGCCUACCAGAACAGCGAACGCUUUGAAAGUUCAUUGCUGGAACGAAGCGCACGGUUGCAAAUUUGAAGGAGCUGUGGACUUUAUGCUGCGACACUACGAGAAUGAAUGCACAUUCCACACCGUGGAGUGUUUGCGAUGCGGAGUGCAUGUCUCGCACAGGGCACUGUCAAAGCACUACGCGGCCGGAUGCGAUGCCGCUGUUUCCCUAGCAGGCAGAAAGAACACUUCGUCGAAAUCUAUAGCAAUGACCCUUCAAAAGAUGACAGCUGCUCUCCAAGAACUGAAGACGCUGUUGAGGAAUGACCACAAGCAGCUGCUGCUUGCGAUUCAGUGUCCAAUGAAUGAAGUGAUUGAACAGAUCAGGAGCCAGGAAUCCAGAUUCACUGUGUUCCCUCACAAUGUCGCAGCACCUGUAAGGACAGAGAUGGAUCAAGACGCAACACCGAGUCCCUCGAGCUCUUGCCAAGAGAGAACUUGUCGGCAGAAUACGACUGAGGACGCCAGCACGUCGUCUGCAUCAUGCUCCAAGAAACCAGCGGUGCCUCAGAAGCCGGAACCAUUUGCAGACGUUUCACAAGGUGUUCUGAAUGCGAUGCGCAAUACUACCUCACAAGAUUACCCAAAGCAUGCCAUUACGUAUCUCCUUGAAGGUGUUAAAUGCGAUAUAGAGCUAACAGGCACGUUGUCGACGGCACGAACAUGGACGACAGUAAGUGAAAUUGUGACGUAUGGUGUGACGCUCGAAAACGUUCCCUUGCAUAAGAAAUCGCACGAAAAAAACAUUGCUUAUGUGACGGUGUUACACACGAGCGACUCAUAUUUUACUGUUCAACUAUACGUCUAUGAAUGCAAACUCGGAGUUCGAAUUCAGUUUUAUGGGAAGCAUCAUGGCUUGACCUUUCCGGCCCCUGUCAUCAAGCUCGAUCUAAGCGGAACGUUUCCACCUGAUUCCUAUUGGCACGGAAGUGAUUGCGAGUGCUAUGCUACCACUGAGGCAACUUCUCGGCGCACAGACUCAGAAAUACAAACUGACGAGACAAUGCAGAUAUGCGUACUAGACAAAAACGUCAAGUUUGGAAUCAUGGUCUCACCUGAAUAACAUGCUAGGCACGACGCUCGAGUACCUAGGGUUGCGCUUCACCCUUCGUGUAUGUCAUGUUUGUGUCUUUUAUUCCAAUAACGCUGGCUGUAAGAGAGAACAUGUCAUAGCAUCACAUAAAGAAGAAAAACUGCAAUUCGUCAUUCUUGAUUGAAUACAUGCUGCACUAGUAAAAUCAUUUCAGUUUUAGGUGUGAUUGUGUCGACGAAU